CACGCUCAGUCUCCGGAGUUGAAGGAGCCCGGGAGCUAGGCUCGAGGAGCACGCCCGAAAAAUGCUACCAGAAGCUGAUUGAGUAUUAUAAGAAUGGGGACUUGUCCUUCAAGUAUGUGAAGACAUUUAACAUGGAUGAGUAUGUGGGCCUCCCACGUGACCACUCUCAGAGCUACCACACCUUCAUGUGGGAGAAACUCUUCAAGCACAUUGACAUUAGCCCUGAAAACACCCAUAUCCUGGAUGGGAAUGCAGCUGAUCUGCAGGCAGAAUGUGAUGCUUUUGAAGAGAAGAUCAAGGAAGCUGGAGGGAUCGAGCUCUUUGUUGGAGGUAUUGGCCCUGAUGGGCACGUCGCCUUCAAUGAGCCUGGCUCAAGUUUGGUGUCUAGGACCCGAGUGAAAACUCUGGCCAUGGAUACCAUCCUAGCCAAUGCCCGGUUCUUCGAUGGAAAAAACUCCCAAGUCCCCACGAUGGCUCUGACUGUGGGUGUGGGCACAGUCAUGGAUGCCAGAGAGGUCAUGAUCUUAAUUACGGGGGCCCAUAAGGCAUUUGCACUGCACAAGGCCAUUGAGGAAGGGAUAAAUCACAUGUGGACUGUGUCUGCCUUCCAGCAGCACCCCCAAACAAUAUUCGUGUGUGAUGAAGAUGCCACACUGGAGCUUAAAGUAAAAACUGUCAAAUAUUUCAAAGGGUUGAUGCUUGUUCAUAACAAGCUAGUGGAACCACUGUACAGUAUAAAAGAAACAAAAACAGAGACAAGCCAGUCUACCAAGACACCAUAUAGUGACUGAUUUGCCCUCAGAAGCCUGCUUUCCAAUCCCCCAAAGAGGUAUACAGGCUUUUAGGAAGGAAAAAAAAAAUCUUUAAUCAAGUCUAUAUUAUGUCCUCUCCAAACAUUGGGCUAUCUACCUUUGAUGAAAAUGGGUGUGGUGAGUAGAUUGUACUCUACUGUAAGGGUUGACGUUUACAGAAAUAGGUAUUUUGCUCUGUAAUCUGUAUUUCCUAUUUUCUAUUGUCAUGUUCUAUGAACGUUUUUUUUUUUUACGUGCCCCAUGGCACAGGGGAAAUGUGAACACACCCCUCCCUAGAACUGGUGAUUGUGGAAGCAUAGUCCUCGGGAAAGUUGGCGUAGAGGACUAUCUACUUCUCUUCUUUUCCUUGUCUUGCUUCCUUUCCUUGUCUUUUUCACAGCAGCCCCCUUCUCAGGAUUAGAUUUGGUAGAGCCAGACUAUACAUGUUGAAAGGUCUGCUUAAUAAACUUUGCUCACCCUCAUUUAAAAAUGCCCAUGUACUUUGCCAUCAUGUAAUAAUUCAUUCAAUAAACAUUUUAUCAUCAUACACUAUGACAACAUACUAGGUACUGAAAGCUAUACAAAGAUCAGUUCUUUUCUCAGCCCUCUAGGAUCUUUGUCCAUUGGGGAUAACCAGUCUUAUACCACAGAUAUAUUUUGCCUCUUAGAACAUUUCAUGCUGUUUACAGUUCCCCCAUUGUUCACUCUACUAUAGGAUUGCCACACCUUCAUGCCUUCCUACUGUAUAAUCUUUUAUGUGCCUAUGGGAAGCUGCUACUGGCUCCAUUUUUGGGGGAAAAAAAUCUUAAGAGUCUGAUUCAGGUGCCUCUGACAAUUUUUAAAUAACUGUGUUUUCUACUUGUAUUUCAAUUUUGCCUUUUAUGUAAUUAGUAAAAUUCUGUUUUAAGCUGAUGGAUAAAUGAACUUAUUUGCAAUGUAAUAUAUUUUCUAUUAAAUUGAAUAUUUUCAAAUCGAAUAAGGUG